AUGAAAGAAAAACAAAAACUCGAUGAAACAGAGACGGAAGUCUUGAUGAAAGCAGUAAAGAUGAUUUUGAACCUAAGGAAAGAAAGAGCUGAGAUAAUCAAUAGAAGAAAGAUGCACCACGUUAAACUAAUUGAAAGGUCUUCAAAAUGCACAAAGGACCUUAAUCCACUAGCAACAGCAAUGUGUCUUUUGAACAAGAAAUACCCUAUAGUGGUAGAUGAGCAAAAAGCAAUGAAAUAUGGAAUGCCAACUGAUAUAUUCCCUCCAAAGACAAGUAACACACGCAGAGACAGCCAUAGAGAUGGGAAAAUAUUAGCAAAACUGUCCUCCAUCGAUUGGUGGAUAAGCCAUAGCCCUGUACCAAACAAUGAGGCAAUAAAAGUAAUAGAACUAUUACUGAGACAACAAAUAGAAGAAGUAAAAGCAUACUACUCAGUUAGAUGGGCCAGAACAACCAUAAAAUGGGGUCCUCCUGUCAUUCAACACCAAAUUGUUAGGACAAAGAACCCUAUCAUAGAUAUACCACCACACUUAAGAACACUGCUCUUAAAGAGAUUCUAUUUCCUGAUAUAA